UAUGGUUUUAUUGUUAUUUUCACAAUCAGACUAUUCUCUCCGUCAUUCCAGUGCCGCAAGUCACCAAGAAAAAUGCCCACAAAACCCCCCACCACCAGCACCAGCAAGAAUAUAAAAGAUCUGAUCUUUAUCACCCUCCUCGCCUUUUUCUUCAAAAUCCUCUUGAUCCCAUCUUACCACAGCACUGAUUUCGAGGUUCAUCGUCACUGGUUAGCUCUCACUCACUCUCUCCCUCUCUCCCAUUGGUAUCUCGACGAGACUAGCCCCUGGACUCUUGAUUACCCGCCUUUCUUUGCUCAUUUUGAACACUUUCUUUCAUUUUUUGCUAAUUUAGUUGACCCCAUUAUAGUAGAUCUUCAUAAAGGUCUCAACUUUGAUGGCCCUUCUGUGAUUGUGUUUCAGAGAUUGAGUGUGAUUGUGUCUGAGAGUGUUUUGAUUUAUGGGGUUUAUUUGUUGGGUAGAAAAUGUGGGUUUAGAGAGAGGGUUUUGAUGUGGGUUUUGGUUGUUUGGUCACCUGGGCUUGUGAUUGUCGAUCAUGUGCAUUUUCAGUAUAAUGGGUUUUUGUUGGGGAUUUUGUUGGUUUCGUUGGCGGCAUUGGAAGAUAGGAAUGAUUUGUUGGGUGGUUUUGUUUUCGCGGUUUUGUUGUGUUUUAAGCAUUUGUUUGCUGUGGCUGCCCCUGUAUAUUUUGUGUAUUUGUUGAGGCAUUAUUGUAGAGGUGGGGUUUUUAAGGGGUUUGGGAGGUUGGUGAUGAUGGGAACGGUGGUUGCUGCUGUUUUUGUGGUGGCAUAUGGUCCGUUUGUGUAUUAUGGGCAGAUACAACAAGUUUUUAGCCGUAUGUUUCCUUUUGGUAGAGGACUCUGCCAUGCUUAUUGGGCUCCAAAUUUUUGGGUAUUCUAUAUAAUUUUGGAUAAAGUGCUUUCAGUCUUGCUUGUGAAGAUGGGGUUUGAUAUCAAAGCACCAACUGCUUCUUUUACUGGCGGGCUAGUAGGAGAUUCCUCUCCAUUUGCUGUACUACCAACGGUCACACCUUUGGCCACCUUAAUUUUGGUCCUUCUCGCAAUGUCUCCUUGCCUUUAUAAGGCUUGGAAAAAUCCACAGCCUAGAAUGAUCACCAGAUGGGUAGCCUAUGCCUACUUCUGUGGCUUUCUGUUUGGGUGGCAUGUUCAUGAGAAGGCAUCACUGCAUUUUGUAAUACCCCUAGCCAUUGUUGCAGUGCAAAGCAUGGAUGAUGCAAAGCAUUACUACCUAAUGUCUAUAGUCUCCAGCUAUUCACUCUUCCCUCUUCUAUAUGAAGCCCAAGAGUAUCCACUGAAGGUGUUGUUACUGACCUUACACGUCAUUCUCAUGUGGUACGGAUUUUCUUCACAACUUUCUAAGACUGUAGUAUCAAAUACAAGUGCACAGCGGAAGAAAAAGGAUGAUAAUUAUGACCUCAAGAAAAACUCUGGUACAAAUCCCAGAAAGUUUACUUUAAAUUGGAUUGAGAAGAGUUACCUUUCUGGCCUCUUGCUUGUUGAGGUGUGGAGUCAAUUUUUGCACCCUGCCUUUCUCGGCAUUAGGCUUCCAUUUCUACCUCUCAUGAUGAUCUCUAUAUAUUGUGCGUUUGGGAUGAUGUAUUCUUGGAUGUGGCAACUGCACUGGAUCGUUAAGUCCCACUAAUAUACAAGUUCCUUAUAAUCAAUUUUAUAUAUGUUGGAUUUUUUUCCUAGACAUCUCUUACCAAAGUGCUGUCAGAAGAAUGAACUGGGGUGGGUUAUAAGUGUAUAAUGAAGGCAUGAAGCCUUUGCUAGAAGUGGCUGCAUUGGUGUGUAAUUCACCUAUAGGGAGAGAAUUUUCACUGAUAUCUGUUGUGUCACGAGCGCAUGAACACAAAAGGAAAUGACAAGGUGGAAACCUCCGUGUAUCUGUUAGAGGUAAGCAAGAAGAAUAGGCACCGCUACACAGUCUUUUGACAUAAAAAUCUUGUACCAUAUACUUUAUAAUCUAAUGCCAUAGUCCCUGAGUUAGGUUAGUUAUUUCAUAUUUUCAUGGUUGUCAACACUUUAUGUGUACUUAGAUGAAAAAAUUUCACUCUACUACUAAUUACAUUCCCAGGAUGAGAAGUUGCUGUUGUGCCUACGCAUGGGCUCUCUGCAGUGGACUUGUAUGAUUACUUAUAUAUUGAUUUGCAUGUAAAUUACAAGAAUAUAAACAUACGGAUUGACUGAUUAAAUAAACAUGUGAGUGAUUUGAUAUUCA